AUGCUCUUCUUAACAGAACCACUAACAUGCACAGAAGAUGGGGAAGAACAGCCUCAUCCCGACCCGACAUGUUCAGAUACAGAAGAACAUUAUUCAUGCCAGAAACGUCGACCACUUAAGACAUGUAAAUGCGAUGACGAUUGCGUUCUCUUUGAGGAUUGUUGCCAUGAUGCGCCAGGGUAUUCUGACCAAGUUCCAGUCGAGAACCUUCUCAUAGAGAAAUUCCUACCCUACAUGAAGUGUGAGUCCAUACUGGUAGAAUGGUUUUUAUCUUCAGGAAACAGUACAAGUCUCGAGUAUUAUAACUUCAUUAGUAGCUGCCCUGACUACGUUCCACGUGAGAGCAUUGUUCGCCUUUAUUGUGAAGAGUAUCAAACGGCAGCAGAUGUAUUCCACACUCCGAUGAUGGUGGAAAGCAUCGGACAUUUCAAGAAUAUUUACUGCGCCAUGUGCCACGGGGUGGACUUGUCCAACAUCAAGGAAUGGAAAGGAAAAUGGCGAUGUGAUGAUGAUUUAACUUAUGACGUUCAAUCGUCUCAGCUUGAUGACCUGGACUACACAGAAGAAAAUUUAAUCAAACGAGGAACAUGUUCUCGAGCUCUUGAAGAACCGGAAGACAGACCUGAACACCUAGCUCCCAGGACAUGUACGUUCAAUAUCAGCGUUACCACGUGUCCAAUGCCAUAUCCAGAACAACCAGAUACCGAAAUUACAUGCCCUUCUUAUCUAGCACCUGUGAAGCACAAUGGGACAAUAUACAAGAAUUUGGCUUGCGCGAAAUGCAAUGGUAUAGAUGUCUGUAAUAAAUAUGUCAAAUUGUGCGAAUCGAUGAGGCCAGGAGUAAGGAUAUCACGACGAUAUUUUCCUUCGCUAGCGGAAUACUUUUCUUUCAGUCCUGAUACAUCCACUACUCUUUCUUGUGCCCUCAACGAGGCCUUUGAUCCACUGACAAGGAUUUGUCAGGUCGUGUAUUGCCUGUCCGGAUUUGUCUAUAACGAUACGACAGGAACUUGCGAGCGCCUUCCUGUUGACGAAGUAGGAGGUGUGUGUCUGUCCUUCGAGUCUCAGUCAAAUAGAGAGACGGAGGUGAACGUUACUUCUAAUGAUUUGAAGAACCUCGUAGACGCAAUGAACUCUUUGUUAAUGGGAUCGCCGUACGACUUGCUGACGGAUUUUGACGUGUUAGACCUGCUUCAUGUGUCUUGUAAUCGAUCCGAAAUACAGUCUUACGAUCAGGAAGGCUGUUUUGAAUCGAACGGGACAAUCUCAACGAGAGCAUGUCAGGCUUGCUUUGAAAUAGCUCUUAAUUUUUCUGCCUUGAUUGAAUCUAAUAUCAGCGCCGUUUUUAAUGCUUCUUCUUGGAUUGAUGACGCAGCGUGCUAUUUUACACCUUCCUUUGGGAACGUCUCCGUGACAGAGAUAGAAAUAAAUGUUCCUGCUGAUUGGACUUGCGCCUCGUAUUCUAGUUUCUUUAAAGGGAAGACCAAUGAAACUCUGCUACCUCCAUUUAGGUUGGAGAUCACCAGAGAGGCAGGGGCAUAUGAGGUGACCUCAAUAAAAGGAGAAUAUAUUUGCCGUAAUAUUUCUCUGCAAACCUGCAAAGAUUACUUCAUGGCUGAUCCGGGACAAUUCGAAUAUACUGACGACUCUGAAGAUUCCAUACGUUUGCAAACUGACAACAGAAUAAUUGAGAACGGGGAGUUCGAGCGCAUUGAAAAUGGUUCGGUUCUAUACUGUCGUAAAGACAGUGAAGGUCAAAACCAAAGCCUUCCUGAAGGGUUGGACAUUAUGACUAUGGUAGGAACUAUACUGUCGAUGGUAUCUGUACUCGCUGUAAUUACCACUUAUGUAGUUUUCCCAAAGCUCAGAAACAUGGCAGGAAAAUCAAUUCUCGCCCUGUCCGUUGCUCUCCUGAUGGUAUUCGUUUUAAUGUGUUUGGCAGUGAUCAGCAGCAAUAGCAAGGGCUUUUGUAAGGCAAUGUCAGCCGCGUCCCACUUCUUCUGGCUCUCAAUUUUCUUUUGGAUGAACGCGCUGGCUAUUGAUCUGAAUCGUACCUUCGGGUCCCGUGCCAAAAUCCGCGUCGGCAGCAAAUCCCAGAUAUUCUACGUCUGGUACUCUCUCUAUUCCUGGGGAACGCCAGCUUUGAUUGUUGGCGCCUGUUUGACGAUUGAUCUUUGUGAGUGCACAGACCUGAGUUUUGAGUACGGAAGAGAAGGUUUGUGUUGGCUAUCCAGUGGUGAUGCCAAUUUGUAUGGUUUCGGCGUACCUCUAGCUGCGUUGCUGUUUUUCAACAUAAUUCUUUUCAGCGACACAGUCGUUGGUAUCCGACUCACCAAAAAGGCAUCCGAGAAGGCCCUCAAAGAAAGACCAGCUCUAGCCAGAGCAAAGGAAGAACUUUCUCUUUAUAUCAAGCUUUCUAGUGUGAUGGGCUUCACUUGGAUCUUUUGCUUCGUCUGCGAGUAUGCCAACGUUCCAGAACUCUGGUACAUCUUCACCGCAGUCAACUCUCUCCAAGGGGUUUUCGUUUUCCUGGCAUUCGGUCUAAACAAGCGUGUGAUCGCUCUUUGGAAGGAAAAGUUGGGCAUCACACGGAAGGAUGCAAGCUCCAGCCAAGGCGACAGCAAAAGUACAAACACCAAGAACUCGACAAUCAACAAUACCAUGUAG